AUGUCGAUUUCGUCGUCUCUCUCACCGUCUCUCGCGAUUCUCUCUCUGGCAAAUCGAACCACAAACGGCGAUUCAUCUCUCUGUGUUCCUGUUCGUGUAAGAUCGGUUUUGACUCCAAAGAAUCCGAGCACAGAUCGAGCUUCAAUCGCGACUUCUUCUUCUGGUCCGAAGUGGGCUCAGAAAAUCAUCACGCUUCCACCGCUAAAACGUGGAUGUCAUCUCAUCACUCCUAAGAUUAUGAAGGAAAUAAGGAAAGACUUAUCAGAUUUCAAUGUGGCCUUGCUUAUGUCUUCUUUUUUUUGGAUUCUUGAUCUAAAAACUUGUUUAAUUUUUGCAGUACAACACACAAGUGCUUCGCUCACAAUCAAUGAGAAUUAUGAUCCAGAUGUUCAAGAUGAUACUGAGACUUUCUUGAACAGGAUUGUUCCUGAGGUAUAA